GGGAAUAACGAAUCGGAGAUUCCUUAUAACUUUGACCCACUGCCUGAAGAAUCGUGCUCAGGACGAAAAUCGACAGUGACACACCAAUGGAUCAAAGAUCUGAUAUCGUCAGUGAAACCAGAAAAUCCAGAGAAAAUUCCCGGUGACUUGGAAAAUCCUUUCUAUCUACCUCCAUUUAUCGAUGAUUUGGAACGGGUUGGGAAAGAAUUUCCACUUUGGACCGGUGCAGCUAUACCAAAUGGUGAGAAACAUGCUUCAUCAGCAUAUCAGGAGGGCUACUUCAAUGCUGUCAGGAACGGAGUCUUCCAGAAUAUGACAUUGCCAUGUGUUUGUCAUGUAUUCUUGAAGAAGCUUUUGGACGAUAUCCUCAGUGGUAAUAUCUAUAUGUCUAAAGAAUUGAAGAAAUUCGUGCAUAACGCACCCGGACCUACUAAUCUCCCAGCUCAUCCAGACUCUUCAGAAGGUGAAAAAGGUGAACCAAAGGAAAGCCCUGGAAAGAGUCAGAAGAAAGAAAUGAGAGAGAUGGAUGCAUCAAGUGUCAGUGGCAAUCUAUCAGACGAUUUGUUGAACAAUAAUCAGGAGGUAAGUUGUAAAGACAAGAAUCUAGUGAAUAUUCAAAAAGAUGAAUUGCAGGAAAAUACUGACAAUAGAGUUGAGGACAAUAUAGCGAAAAUAAAUCAUAAUUGGGAUGACCCCCGUGAAAUGGAUUCUGACUUUCUCACUCAAAUGCAAUGGCGUGGCAUUGUUAAUGAUGAGGAGAAAUUUUUUUGCCAGGAUGUGUCCAUCGGUGCUCAAGGACUUCCAGAAGAAUCCCCUGACAAAUGUCCUAAUACUGCUGAAGUUAGUUCACACGUUCUUGAUUUGCAGAGGGAUAAUCUGAAGGAUUAUCUCCUCACUGAAGAAAUAUUGAAUAAUUUCGUUGAGAUCAACAACAAUGCUAGUUCAGUUCUAGAAGAAAAUCCUUCAUGGAUCCAUUCGAAAUGGGAUAAGAACUCUUGCUCUCAAAUAUUCUCAAGUACUCCUCUACUAGAUCAUUCAUAUGCCAACUCAUCGCAAAUAGAAAUCCCCGUUUCACCAAAGAGUCCUGAGGUAUCGAAACCACAAAUUCUAACAACAAAAUCGGAAGAACGUUGUACAGAUGUGCAAUCUGAAAAGAAGCUGGAUAAAAUAUCAAAAUCGAAAGAACGUCAAGGAUAUUUUGCACCAUACCCCGAAAUUAGGAUUUUGAAUGAAAGAGGUGGUUCUAAACAGAAAGAAUUUUUCCUCCCCAAUGGUCUGAUAUGCCCUUACGUGAAAUAUAAUGGUAUGAGAGUUCAUGUUGAGGAAUCGUGUGGCUUCGACUCCAUCGUACACAUUCUACAAUCUGCUGCUAUGGAUGAUACAGCUUAUAAGCUGAGAAUGAAGUCAUCAAAGAAUGAACUGUUACAGUUCAUCGUUGAAUUUAUGCAAUCUGGGCCAACCACUUUAAUUCUCCAUCGUCGGUGUGCCCUUCUAGCUCAAUUCUACCCCGUUAAAGUGCAGAAAAAUGCUACAAGCAUAACACCAGUGCGUCUAAAUGUUAAAGAUGCAAUAUGUAGCAUUUGGAGUAAGUUUGAUCUUGAACGAAAUGGAACUCGGACUAGUCAAUGCCUUAAUCAAAAUUGCUCGAUCCAAAAAUCUAGCACUGUUGAUUUUCUGCCAGUCGAUCCUAUAAUGAUAGCCGAACAAGGUUUCGAAGCUCUGGCUAGGGCUAUCAUUCUUCAACGCUCCCGGAAGUGUACGCAGUCUCAUUGUGGUGGUACAGUAGGUGAAAGUACUGUCUUGAACAACACUUUAUUGAUUGAAUUGGAUGUCAGGCUUGAUUACAAACAGAAACAUGGUUUGGAAUGCCACCUGAGCAAUAUUCCAGCGGAGUUGUACCUGGGCAAGAUAUAUCGACUGAUUGGUGUAAUCCACUAUCGAAAGACUGACGAUCACUUCAUAGCUUACUGUCGCAGGAUGACUGGUCACUGGAUGGAAUGUAAUGAUUUGAAUUUUGCUUCUACUCCACUCAAGAAUGACAACAUUACAAUACUUCCUAUUUGUGCAAUUUACGUAGCAUAAGUGGAAUGUUAGUCUUUUCUCAGCUGGAAAAACAUUACGAGAU